UACCACUAUACCAUGGAAGCCGUCUGAUACUCUUCAAUUAAAUUAGAAUAUCAUAAAAUACUGCAGUUUAAACAUACGUUUGCAGGCUCGGGAAUCUUCGGUCUCACUAAACCCUGGAAGAACUGUAAUGCCAACACUUUCACAGUGUUGCAGGUUUUGAAGUGAAGCGAGUCAGAUUGAGAGAUGUGUGGAAUCGCCUUAAUAAUCUCUGGCGUUGUCAUCGAUUUAUCAUCUAUCUUUGUCGACGCCACAUCUCCGAAGUCUCGACAAGAGGAGCUGGUGUUUUCUGUGGAUGAUCUAAAAGCGACGCUGCGGAGGAGAGGUCCCGAUAGCUUAGGUUGCAAGAAGGUUUUUCUUUACUCAAACACUUCAACUUCUCUCCAGGAACAAGAAUUAGUCUCUGUUACUGAGGAUUGCAUUUCUACUUCUGUGAAUUAUCGAGUAGAGCUGCUUUUUAUUGGUGCCACGUUGCAGCUUAGAGGACUCAAUCCUAUCCUUCAGCCACUGCAAGAUUCGUCUAAAAAUAUCCUUGUUUAUAAUGGUGAAAUAUUUGGAGGUAUUCAUGUUGAAAGUGAUAGAAAUGAUGCUGAAGUUCUCAUGCGAACAUUGGAACAGUGCUGUUCCUGCAACUCAAAUAGGGAAGCUACAUGUUUAUGCAAAGGAAGUGGGAGAUGUUCUGUUGUGGAUGUUCUUUCAGCUAUUAAGGGUCCAUGGGCACUAAGCUACUGGCAGGAUAGUUCCAGAACAUUGUGGUUUGGUCGAGAUGCAUUUGGUCGGCGUAGCCUGCUUGUUCAUUGGCCAACUGUGGAGGACCCACAGCUUUUGCUGUCUUCUGUGUCACCUACAUCUUCUGUUGAGCAAAUUUCAGAUUUUGAAGCUCAAAAUGGAAUUAGCAAGCUCAACUUCUGGGAAGAACUUCCAUGUGGGAUAUACAGUUUGUCCAUGGAUGUCUCAAACUUGGAUGGAGGUUUUGUUGGUGAAGUCAAAAAACAUGAAUGGACCAAUCCCUUGCUAAAGGAGCUGAUUAAAUGGGAGAGAAUUUUGGUUAAUCCUAAAUCUGGAGUAUUACAUCUUUCCGUUAGCCAGUCUCAUGAGGGGCAACAGAACAUGCAUCCAACUUGUUCAGAUAUGGUAUCAUCUGAAUCAGGGCCUAAUCAAGCUUCAGUUUCAGUGUAUGUGCAGAAAGUGCUGAAUGCUUUGAGAAAAUCAGUGAUGCAACGCUCUUCUCUACAUACGAUAUUUCAGGCAGUUGCCUGUGAUAGGAGACAAGAGGAACUUUCUCCAGUGGCAGUGCUUUUCUCUGGGGGAUUGGAUUCUAUGAUACUUGCUGCAUUACUAAAUGAGUGCCUAGAUCCCAAGUAUGAUAUUGACCUCCUUAAUGUGAGCUUUGAUGGUAAGUUUGCUCCUGAUAGAAUCUCUGCCAAGGCAGGGGUAAAGGAACUUAGAAGAAUAGCACCUUUAAGAAGGUGGAAGCUUGUGGAGAUUGAUGCUGAUUUGUCAAAUUUGAUUUCAGAGACAAAGCAUGUCAUGUCACUCAUAAGUCCUGCAAAUACCUACAUGGACCUGAAUAUUGGAAUAGCUUUAUGGCUGGCCGCUGGUGGUGAUGGUUGGGUGUAUGAAGGAAUCACCAUUAAUAAUGAUGAGGAUCAACAGGGUGUUAAGUACAACUCUAAGUCCAGAAUCAUCCUAGUUGGUUCUGGAGCUGAUGAGCAAUGUGCCGGCUAUGGAAGGCAUAGAACAAAAUAUAGAAAUGGAAGUUGGCUUGGUCUACAUGAGGAAAUGAAAUUGGAUAUGCAGAGAAUUUGGAAAAGAAAUCUAGGGAGAGAUGAUAGAUGUUGUGCUGAUAACGGCAAGGAGGCUAGAUUUCCUUUCUUGGAUGAAGAUGUUAUAAGGACUUUGCUUGAUAUACCUUUGUGGGAGAUUGCCAACCUAGGUCAACCAAGUGGGACUGGUGAUAAGAAGAUUCUGAGAGAAGUUGCAAAAAUUCUUGGUUUACAUGAAGCUGCAGUUUUGCCAAAAAGAGCAAUUCAGUUUGGUUCAAGAAUUGCAAGAGAAUCAAAUCGCAAGAAUUUUGGAAGUAAUCGUGCAGCAAACCAGGCAUCUGCUGGAAGUGUAGUGAUUGGCAAGCAAAAUUUGACUUGAUACCCUUUUUCAAUGUUCUGGUGAGACAUGUUUAUCCAUGGUUGGCUCUGUACACUUUAUUAACCCGGUGACAUCUUAAUCCUCACAAUUGUUUUGUCUGUUGAGUGGAUGGUAUGUGACAAUGGAAUCAAGGAAAUUUUUGUCCAAUGUGAGACUUUCUAAUUCACUAGUUCCAGUUUGAAUGGGCGUGUACUUGUUUAUCAUUCAAGCAUUAAAUGGUCUUAAGAUUGAUUGCAGAAAAAUUUGAAAUGUUUAUUUGA